GAAGGCACUUAAUGGCUCAAAGUGGUGAUGGUUGACCGAAGAUGCGUCUUCAUUUUGGUGCCGAACUCGCAACCAGUGGGCGACAAUGGGUUUUCUUGGGCGAUUCAUCUUUAUUGCCAGUGUAGUGUUUAUUGGGGCGUUUUGUCAAUAUAAUGGCGUCUACAACCAGAGGCAGCAGAGACAACCUCUCAACCAGUACCAGGGGUCUGGAAGUUGUUUUGAACCCAAUGGAACCUUUCCCACCAGCUCAUGCGAUGGCUACAUCCAGUGCCUGAACGGGGUUGCAGAAGAGAAGGUUUGCCCUGAUGGGCUUCUCUUCAAUGCUGAGGCCGGAUCCCGAGCUUUCCCUUGCCAGUACCCGAUUGAUGUUGACUGUACUGGACGCGAACAAACCCAGCCGGCUCAAGCCACAGACGAAUGUCCCCAUCAGUUCGGCUACUUCAGAAUGGGCGACCAGCAGAACUGCGGCCAGUUCAAGAACUGCGUGGAUGGACGAGGAUUCAUCUUCGACUGUCCAGAAGGCCUGGCCUGGAACGGUGAUACCUACAGAUGCGAUUGGCCUGACCAAGUACCCGAUUGCGACGCUGAAGCCUACUUGGGUUUCACCUGCCCCCCAUUGGCUCGUCAGUUCGGCCUGGGACCUGAAGAGUACCGCUUCUUCCGAUCUCCAAGCGACUGUCAGAGGUACUACAUCUGCAUUGAGGGUAGACCCAGGUUGUACAACUGCGGCGAAGGAAGAGCGUUUAAUGACCUGACUAAUACUUGCGAUGGUGCAGAGAAUGUUACUGGAUGUGCUGGGGAUUUAGGAGCUACGCCCACUAAAUUGGCCAAGUUCUCCAAUCAAAAUGCCUAUAACAGGUUCACCAGUUUUUGAGUUGUUUGUUAAAUAAAUCCUUUUUGAGUAAGAGUUAA